AUGGGCGACAAGAAGCACAAGAAGAAGGAUGAGGAGGAGGACUCGUCCUCUUCGGAGAGCGAGGGGUCGGAGGAGGAGGACUCCUCGUCCAGCUCGGGCGAGGAAGAGGACAGCGGCUCGUCCAGCUCGGACAGCUCGGACGGUUCCGAGAACGGCUCAGACGAGGGCGAGGAAGAGGAAGCCAAGCCCGAGGAGCAGCCGGCCAAGCCUGAAGAGCAGCCGGCCAAGCGCGAGGAGCAGGCCGAGCCCGCCCCGAAGGCGGCCGAGAAGGAGGAAGAAGACGACGAUGACAGCGACGAUGAGUCGUCGUCGAGCGAGGAGGAGAGCGAUGAUGGUGAUAAAGAGGAAGCAGAGAAGAAGGAGCCCGCCCCCGUGGUGGCAGCUGCGCCGGCCGUAGAGGUAAAGGAGCAGGCGCGGCCGAUGGCCGCCGAGGCCGAGAAGGAGGUGGUAGCGGAGAAGAAGGAGGAGGAGGAGAAGGAAAGUGAUGACGACGAUGAAGAGAGUGACGAUGAAGACGACAGCGAUGAGGGUUCGUCCAGCUCCGAGGAAGGGAGCUCUGAGGAAGAGAGUGAGAAGGCCGCCCCCGCUGUCGAGGCCAACAAGCCCGCGAAGGCCGCGGAGGCCAACGGGACUGCGAAGAAGGCAGAGUCCUCAGGGUCCUCGGAUACAUCGUCGUCGAGCGACGAUGACGACGAUGACGACGACGGUGAUGAGAGCUCGUCGGAUGAGGAGGAUGGGAGCGAUGAUGAUAGCGACGAUGAUGAUAGCACGUCAUCUGAGGAGACGUCGGAGGAGGAGCAGGCGAACAAGAAGGUGGCCGACAAGAAGGAGUCGGCCGAAAAGCCGAAGAAGGCGGCAAAGGCGACGAAGAAGAAGGAGGCCGACGACGGUGGAGACAAGGAGAAUGGGAAGGGGUCGAAGAAGCCCAAGGCCGCCACCAAGAAGGAGGCCGAAUCGGACGGCUCCUCUUCGUCCGAUGGUGAGGGCGGCGACGAUGAUAAGAAGUCGAAGAAGUCCCAGAACAAGGAGAAGGAGGCCGGCAAGGGUUGCUGCAUCAUGAUGUAG